CCUUGCUGGGGGGGGGGUGGUCUCGGGUUGGGAGGCGAUGGGCACCUGGGGCGCGUGGCCUGGCCUGCUGCCGCCGCCGCCGCCGCCGCCGCUGCCGCUGUCCGGGCCAGAGGCUUGUUGUUGGGCUCCGGUGUGAGGUCUGGGUGACUGGACUCGGGCGUCCGGUGGGAUGGACUGGCUGCAGGACCCAGUCCCCUGCAGUCAGCAGGAGUAUGAGGCGGAGUGAUGCCCAGCUGGGCGCCCGGCACACAACUAGUGAUCUGAGCCCUCCCUUCGGACCCAGCGGCCCCGGGGGGACUACUGCGUUCCAGAGCUGAGAGCCCCUUCCCGGGUUGGGGAUCCCGCAGCCCUGUCGGCCGGAGGUCCCCAAGGACGGAGUCGGGAGGUCACUUCUUACCUGUCAGUGCUGUGUGACAGCGUCGCGGCCGGACCUGCAGAAUCUGAACUCGAUCCGUAAUGCCUCCUGCUUGCCUCUUUCAAGAUGGACGGGAAAUCUGUGGGAGAGCCUACUCAAGUGGAGUCUAAAGUCAAACUUUCCACCAAAGUAGACAACGCGGGACACUGGCUGGUGGAGGAUCACGCUCGAAUAUGGGAAGUUUUAAAGACAGAGGAGACCUCGAUUCAGGACUGGGGUGAAGAAGUUGAGGAAGGAGCUGUUUACCAUGUCACCCUCAAAAGAGUCCAGAUCCAACAGGCGGCCAAUAAAGGAGCAAGAUGGCUAGGGGUUGAAGGGGACCAGCUGCCUCCAGGUCACACAGUCAGUCAAUAUGAGACCUGUAAGAUCAGGACCAUCAAAGCUGGCACUCUGGAGAAGCUUGUGGAGAAUCUGCUGACGGCUUUCGGGGACAAUGACUUUACCUACAUCAGCAUCUUCCUGUCGACCUACAGAGGCUUUGCCUCGACUAAGGAAGUGCUGGAGCUGCUGCUGGACAGGUAUGGAAACCUGACAGGCCCAAACUAUGAAGAAGAUGGAGGUCAGAGUUCAUCGGAGUCCAAGGCUGUGAUCCGAAAUGCUAUUGCCUCCAUCCUGCGGGCCUGGCUUGACCAGUGUGCGGAGGACUUCUGGGAACCCCCUCACUUCCCUUGCCUGCAGAAGUUGCUGGAGUAUCUCACACGGAUGAUGCCUGGCUCCGACCCGGAGAGGAGAGCACAAAACCUUCUUGAACAGUUUCAAAAGCAGGAAGUGGAUCCCGACAAUGGACUUCUCAACACCAGCUCCUUCAGCCUGGAAGAGGAAGAGGAACUGGAGAGCGGAGGGUCAGCAGAAUUCACGUGCUUCUCAGAAGAUCUGGUGGCGGAACAGCUGACCUACAUGGACGCACAACUAUUCAAGAAAGUAGUGCCUCACCACUGCCUGGGCUGCAUUUGGUCUCAGAGGGAUAAGAAGGAAAACAAACAUUUGGCUCCUACGAUCCGUGCCACCAUCUCUCAGUUCAAUACCCUCACCAAAUGUGUCGUCAGCACCGUCCUGGGGAGCAAGGAACUCAAAACCCAGCAGAGAGCCAAAAUCAUCGAGAAGUGGAUUAACAUCGCUCACGAAUGUCGAAUCCUGAAGAACUUUUCCUCCUUGAGGGCUAUCGUCUCUGCACUGCAGUCCAAUUCCAUCUAUCGGCUGAAAAAGGCUUGGGCUGCUGUCCCAAAGGACCGAAUGCUGAUGUUUGAAGAACUUUCAGAUAUCUUCUCUGAUCAUAACAACCAUCUAACCAGUCGGGAACUGCUAAUGAAGGAAGGAACCUCAAAAUUUGCAAACCUGGACAGCAGUGUGAAAGAAAACCAGAAGCGGACCCAGAGGCGGCUGCAGCUGCAGAAGGACAUGGGUGUGAUGCAGGGUACCGUACCUUACCUGGGCACCUUCCUGACUGACCUGACCAUGCUGGACACUGCUCUUCAGGACUACAUUGAGGGCGGACUGAUCAACUUUGAGAAGCGGAGAAGGGAAUUUGAAGUGAUUGCCCAGAUAAAGCUCCUACAGUCUGCUUGCAACAGCUAUUGCAUGACCCCAGACCAGAAGUUUAUCCAGUGGUUCCAGAGGCAGCAGCUUCUUACAGAGGAGGAGAGCUAUGCCCUCUCCUGUGAGAUUGAAGCAGCUGCCGAUUCCAGCACCACCUCCCCCAAGCCUCGGAAGAGCAUGGUGAAGAGGUUGAGCCUACUGUUUCUGGGGUCUGACCUCAUCACUGGGAGCACUCCCACUAAAGAGCAGCCCAAGUCCACGGCCAGUGGGAGCUCUGGUGAGAGCAUGGACUCCGUCAGCGUGUCGUCCUGUGAGUCAAACCACUCAGAGGCAGAGGAGGGUUCCAUCACACCCAUGGACACACCAGAUGAGCCUCAAAAGAAGCUCUCUGAGUCCUCCUCUUCAUGUUCCUCGAUCCAUUCCAUGGACACAAAUUCCUCAGGGAUGUCGUCCUUAGUCAACCCCCUGUCCUCCCCUCCAACCUGCAACAACAACCCUAAAAUCCACAAGCGCUCCGUCUCCGUGACGUCCAUUACCUCCACAGUACUGCCUCCUGUUUACAACCAGCAGAACGAAGACACCUGCAUCAUCCGCAUCAGCGUAGAGGACGACAACGGGAACAUGUACAAGAGCAUCAUGUUGACAAGCCAAGAUAAGACCCCUGCUGUGAUCCAGAGAGCCAUGAUGAAGCACAAUCUGGACUCGGACCCAGCUGAGGAAUACGAGCUGGUACAGGUCAUCUCAGAGGACAAAGAGCUGGUGAUCCCGGACUCUGCAAACGUCUUUUAUGCCAUGAACAGCCAAGUGAACUUCGACUUCAUUUUACGCAAAAAGAACUCAGUGGAAGAGCAGGUGAAGCUGCGUAGUCGGACCAGCUUGACCUUGCCCAGGACUGCGAAGCGGGGCUGUUGGAGUAACAGACACAGCAAGAUCACCCUCUGAAAGGGACAGUCCACCCCUACUUGUCAAAGGCAGAGUGGGGCUGAGAACAGCUGUGGUGGCCGCAACUACCGCUCAGUGCUGAGGAUCAUUGGUGAAGCCAACAGAUAUUUAUUGAGUUCAGAUGUGUACAAAGCACUAUGUAGGGAGAGUGGAAGUGAAUUUGACAUAAAAAGGAUUAAUGAUUCACUGAUACUCUUGGACCUGAACGUGAAAUACAAAAUGAUCCACAUUUAAAAAUAUAUAUACACACACACAUAUGUAGUGUGUGUGUGUGUGUGUGUGUGUGUGUGUGUGUGUAUAGAUAUAUAUAUAUAAAAGGAACUUUACAGGAUGUUCUGGACUAUGGGAAAACCAAUUUGCACAAUGGCCUGGGAAGUUGAGGUCACUUUUUACAGGGAAAUAGAAGGGACUGAGACCUUAGUCUCACACCUUCCAAAUAAAUAGAUCUACCAAUAGUGAGUAUUCUUCAUGCCAGUAUUAUAAGCCCAAACUCUAUUUUUGUAAAGGGAGAGGAUUACUUUCUCAAUCCUGUGCCACCAGACGAACAAACUGCAGAGGUUGGAGUGGCCACGGGCUGCAUGAAAGGCCGCCAUGGGAAGGUUUGGAUGAGUCCGUGGUCCCUGCCCUCUGCCCACAUCUGCCGGAGCUUCAGAGGCUUGCGUGCCUUGCCGGUCCCCAUUCACAAUGCCUCUGGAGUCAACACAAGCUUGUUUCGAUUUCUGGAAACCCUGUUGUGUUUCUGUGUCCUCUCCUAAAGAACAUGCCGCAGUCAUUACUGCCCAAGUAGCCGAGGUCUUCCGUAACUUAGCAGCCCGAGAAGGAAGUGCGGAAGAACGGCGGCUCCCAUGGACUCUCUUCUCCAUCUUGGAGUACCGCGCCUUGCCCUUCUGAUUGCCUUUCGCAUGUAAAAGUGUAUGUCCGGAGUCUUUCGCCACCUGGAGCCUGGUACCUCUAUCUUAUGUGCAGUUUGUUCCUCAGGUGCAGACAUUUCUACUGAGACUGACCACAUUUGAUCAUUUCAAGCCUGUGAAAGAUUUCUGAGCAGCGACCUCCCUGUAAUGACCCCUCGGAAAAUGCGCCCCCCCCCCCCAUAACUCAUCUAGCUUCCUUCCUUACUUUUGUAGCAUUCCUGUGCCCAGUCACAGGGUAGGAAGGGGGCGUACACUGUCUCCGCCUUUUUGCAAAGAGAUGCAUCCUUCUAGCUGGAAACGAUAACCUUCCUCCUUUCUCAUCCCACACCUGCUCCCCUGGCGCCGCUGUUAAGUGACAUUUUUGUCUGUAGUAAUGUAACACCAUCAUGCUUUUGCUUCUGAUCUUACGGAUGUUGGCGUUUGGAUGAAAAAGCCAUAUGGGGUGAGUUGACGUGUGUAAGAAGCACUUUCAAAUUGUUGUCCCCCUCUUUAAGAAAAAAUUCCCCCCAAAUACCAGUUUUUAUUCCAAAAAUAAAGAGAAUGAACCUAGGAUAUGAUGUCCGGAUUGUAACAGAGAACAUUUUUUUCCCCUAACAGUGUAUAUAGCUCCCAAAGGUCUUGUGGGUUUAUGUUAUGUAAAUAGCCAUAUGAAUCCAACAAGAAACACCAGGAAAAGCUCAAGAGAUUUGUGGCAAUGGACCAAAGAGAGAGCCAAGAAGUCCUCCGAUUCCCUUGGUGUUUCUAGGAGACUGGACUGGGCUGUGGAGACCAGCUGGGUGUCAACGGUCGGAAGGCCUUUCUUUCUCGUUUGUGAGCCAUGUUUGGUUGGUGCUUCUGUGCAUGGAGGGGAGAUGGCAAGGAUCACAGCCAUCAUGAAGACUGAAGUAAACCUAGCCUCAGCUUGGCUUUCUCAGUGUCAAGGUCAAAAAGUAAAGGCAGAGCUGUUGGCCUGGUUUAGGGUGUGGCUCCCAAGACAUACGUGCUAUGCCCAAUGUGCUCACCCUGUGUAAUUAUACUGUAUAUGUAGAGCCUAGAUUUAUAUUCUGCAAUGUAAAAAAAAUAUAUAUUUACCUUUUUUAAAAAAGACAAUGGAAAUCCCAAGUGGAUAAAACACGGUCUCGUUUAUUUAAUGCCACUUCAGUUGUUUUAACUUUGCUUCUGGGUGAACAGCUGGAUGUUGUUUCCAGCUGCUCGCACGCUCGUCUCUCUGCAUCUCCAGCAUCUGUUUACCUUUUGGUUAAACUAAUAAACUGGUUUGGGACUUGGUUGGCAUGUGCUGCCAGACCCAAAGGGCUCGUA